GGCAUCUGGGUACAAGUGAUCCCUGGCACGUUUGUAGCGGUCUGAAGACCCAGACCUUCCCUUGUCAGGCAAGUAACUAUGGGCUGUCUUUCAGGCUGACCACCAUUCAAUCUCUCUGUUGAAGUUCCAUCAUAGUGGAACCAUCUAAAUGGUUGGUUAUAUCUGUUCACAUAAUGAUGUAUCUGAGCUUUCUAGAGAAAAAUAUAAAUUGAAAAUACGAAUCCUUUCCAAUUAGAGCUUGGAAUCUGCUGAAACAGGGGAAACCUGGCACAGGAGAGAUUGGAAAGUUUCUGUGGUGUUUGAAGAGGGACACCAGGGUCUUCUGUUUGGGAUAGUGGGAAUUCUAUAACUUGGAGGAGCCACUUUCCAUUCAGCAGUACAGUUUCCAUUCUUUCAGCCUUCAGUUAACUCGAAAGGUUGUGUUUUCCUGAUCUUUGGACACUGAGACAUUUCUUUCUCUUCUUGUUCCUAACUGGGGACCUGCUGCACAGAAUUAUUUCAUGACUUAGCUUUACUAUUGCUCUUGUAUUGGCCAUUGGCACAAGUAUCUCCAAAGUGUGCAAACCUUCUCUACUUUGCCUUUGGUAAGGGGACGCAGAAGCAGGAGAGCACAGACACUAAGUGUAACCCUUAUCUAAUGAGUACAGUGGAAAGCAUACCUAUUAUUUCCCUUUGAUUCUGUUUCCCUAUUUAUAUUUUUACAAACUAUAUAGUAUUUAUAUUUAGGUCUGUUUUAGAGACAAGUGUGCCACGUGUAAGGCCCAAGGUACUUAAGUUUUCUGACUGCAUUCUCUUAAUAGCAUCAGCUGCCUUUUUACUUAAAACAGCACAGAUCACCAGACUGAAGAUUUAGUCUGUGUUUGGGAGAAAGCUUAAGGAAGAUGACUGAAAUAUAUGUGUUUAGGUACUGCAUUGCCUGAAACUUCCUGAACCAUUUGCAAGCUAUUCAGGAAGCUGCAUAUGUAGCUGUUGUUCUUGUCAGUAGGCAGCUGACAACACCAUCUUCUUUUGUUCAGGAUAACACAUCUGCAGUUUGGUAUAGCACCCUGCCUAGGCUUCAACACUGCCUGGGGUCCCCCAGUGCCCUUGUUGCUUUGGUAUCUCCCCUGAAGGUGAAGACCUGUGAGAGGCGUCAGCCAUGAAUCUCCUGUAUGUACUCUUCCCCUUCUUCAUCCUGCUGGUCCAGGGUGCUGCAGAUGCAUCUCUGGAUCCAGGAAAUGAAGAUCAAUGUAAGCAAGAAGGGGGAGUCUGUAGUUUUUUGACCUGCUAUCACCCUUAUUACAUCUUUGGAAGGUGUUCAACAUUUAUGGUCUGCUGUAAAAAGUAA